AUUUCGAUCAGAAAAGUUGCGUUAAUCUCAAGGCUCGCUCGCUCUGGCGUCGCAGCAUCUCCGUUCUCCGGUCUAGAAUAGAGAGCAUAAGUAGCUAACUUGUAGCUUCAUCUCUUCAAAAUUCGACGAAAAUCAAAUAGCAAUGACCUCGGCAGCAGUGAAACCAGGCUCCCUCACUUCUCUUCAAUUUCACUCUUCUCUCAACAAACAACUCCCUCUUUUUGAUUCCCUUUUGAAACCUCUCAAGUUGAAGAAUUCUCGAUUCUCUCAGUUUAACUUGACCCUAAACACCUCAAGAAAUGCGUCCAUUAUUCCUACAAUUAGAGCCCAAAGCUCCUCUGUUCCUGAGUAUAUUCCAGAUGCCAAAUUCUACAAGAUAGAAGCAAUUUUGAGGCCCUGGCGAGUCUCGCAAGUUUCCUCGGCUCUGCUGAAAAUUGGUAUUCUUGGUGUUACUGUUUCUGAUGUUCGAGGCUUUGGGGCUCAAGGUGGUUCAAAGGAGAGGCAUGGUGGCUCAGAGUUUUCCGAAGACAAGUUUGUUGCUAAAGUUAAGUUGGAGAUUGUAGUGAGCAAAGACCAGGUUGAAGCUGUUAUAGAAAAGGUAAAAGACGAGGCAUGGACUGGAGAGAUUGGAGAUGGCAAGAUUUUCUUGGUACCUGUUGCAGAUGUAAUAAGAAUUCGCACUGGUGAACGUGGAGAGAAGGCUGAAAGGAUGACAGGAGGGUUGUCCGACAUGACAUUUUCUGCAUGACUGGUUUAAAAGCAACAUGCGCAUCUCAAGAUUUGCAUCUAACGCUUUCUUAGUAGCUAGUAUAGUCAGGCAUCCAUCCUCCGCACCCCUUGUCCUAGUCCUUACUAGAAAAUUUGAUUCCUCCUUUUUUUAGCAGUCUAUCUUGGAUUGAACGACUAGAAAUAAAAGGAAUGUCUACGCGCGUUUGUUGCAAGGAAGUAAUAACAAGAAGAUGGUUGUGUGUGAUCACACGAAGGAUUGGGUCGCCCCACAGUUGGCAUGCGAAAUUGUUGAGUACAUGCUGUGGGGUUUGUACUGAGCUAUGAUAUUAGUGUUGAACUGUAUUUUAUUCGCCGGUGGACACUUCCCUCA